ACGAGCGUAAACGUUGGCUAUAUUUAGGCGACGUAAUUACUCAUAAUUAUCAUGUAUUAAAAGUUUCUUUACUUUAAUACUUUAAGCAAACGUUCGUAGCAAUCGUCAAUUUUUUAAAACGUUAGAAUUUUAUGCAGCGAUAGUGUUUCAAUGUUUCGCAGCCAUGUGUACAAGAGUAAAAAUGGCGAAUGACUUGAUAAUGAGAGGCAAAGAUAGAUUACAAGAAAUUAGUAUGAAAUUAGAACAAAGUCACUUGGUGUAUUUGCAAACGGACGAUAGUCCUUUGAAGCUGCAGCAACGACACAAAUUGGAAGGUUUUAUAAAAGAAUAUCUUUGUCUAGUACCAAAUGAAAAUAAAUAUGUAUUUCAAGAAACGGCAGAUAUUUUGCACAGAUCAGCAGCAACAGUGACAGAUUUCAGUGGCUAUAGAGCGGCUACGGCUUGGAGUGCAAUUUCCUUGUAUGCAGCUAAUUUACUGGCUCAGCCUUGGCGAAAAGAAUAUAGGACAGUGAGAACGUACAGUGGUUAUUACAAACACGAAGUAGAAGCAAAUUUAAUAGGUGCCGAGUUAAUGUUUGAGCAAAUGGGCUACAAGCACACUGCUUUAGGUGUACUGACUUUGCAAGGGCCAAUCGAUCCUGAUAAGGUUUCAAAUGUCAGUAGGGAUGCCAUUGUAGCUUUUGUGGAGUGUCAGAUUUUUAAGCAGAUAUGGGAAAGUGUAUCACAGAAAUACACUAUCUCUUGGUUGGAGGUGUUGGAAUUCCGUGAGAACCAUGUUGGUGCGCCAGAACAGGCCAUUCGAGCGUUAAAUUAUCGUUUCCUUGAGAAGGUGCAUCAAAAUCGGGUAAAAGCUGAUAGCUACAAGAAUUAUUAUCCACAACAAAUGGGUAUAGACGUCGUGUCGUUGCAUCCAUCUUAUCGUCACAUAAUGCAUGCUAAUUAUAACGCAACCAUGCCAUCAACUUAUCAAACGGAUUAUCGGCACAUCGAAGAUACGACCAAUGUGGCAGUACCGACCAACUAUCGAUAUUAUCAACCGAUCGAUCAUCAUGGUUUCGUUAAUUGUUGCGCCAAUUAUGGUUUGCCCUCUCAUGGGAAUAAGUUUUAUAGUAAUAAUGUGCCGAAUCCAUAUUGCGCCACCUUACCAGCAUAUGCUGCCCGUGUACCAACUGGCAGACUGAUAGAACUCGACGUACCGGUAUCCGUGGCGAAUUAUGAUAAAACGCACGCUCUCCGUAAAUCCAUGUCCCACCGGAUAUCGGACUUGGAUGAGGUAGAUUUUUACAAACGGCAGUCGAGCGAUGGGGAUCAUUACGAACACGGUAAAAAUGAUAGAAAAAUUGCUAGUAAAUCGAAUUCCAACGCUAGAAGGGACGGUUACGACACAUGGGACUUCGUAUACAGAAACCUUGAAAGUUUAGGCUACUACAAGGAUCUCGAUGAUCGAGACAAUGUAUUACAUCAUAAGAAGGAACUAGAUUCUAUUCACAUCAAGCACAAAACAUUUAGACAAGCGGAAAAUGAAGACAAAUAUAGCGCGCAUAGAUUGGAAAAGAAAAACGGUAGCAGGAUCGAAGUUAACGAAGCGAUCGAUUCGUCCGAGACCAACGGCGAAAAUCAUCAGGAUAUUUUGCCUUUCAAGAAGAAAUCCUCGUCUUUCGAUUUAUCGGAUUCAAAUAGAUACAGUAUCGAUGCACAUAAUAGAGAUAAAAAGCACAACAGUCAAACUUUACCGAUUCCACGCACGCAUAAAUCAUCGGAUCAGAUAGCGAAGAUCGCGGAUUCCUUAAAAAAUCUCGAUAUAACACAAAUGAGUAAGCAAAAAAAGAAAGAGGAGGAUGAAAAGAGAUGGAAUUGUGCCACGUGCACCUAUUUGAAUAUGCCCGACUGUGACAUCUGCGAGAUGUGCGCUAAAUCGAGAUGCAAAGGAAACGAGGAUAAGCCACUCGCCAGUGGCGGCAAGGAGUGUCCAAAAUGCACACUGGUAAAUGAAAAAAAUGUUUCUAUCUGUGAUGCUUGUCAAACCAGUCUGAAGGAUUCUCCGACCUACAUAUAGACAGACUGAAACGACUGAAAUCUUUUCGCGAAAGAAAGGAUUCUUGCACAUUUGUCGUGAUUUGUGAUUUGCACAAAGAUAUAUUGAAUGUAAGGCAUAAAAUUAUUGACCGAAUGAAUUGUACGUAUAAUAUGAAUCUUUUUCAAUGACCUAAAAUGAAACACGAGUACAGAAAACUUAGAGUAUGUUAACGACGCAUGUUGUAUCUUGAUUUAUGUAGAGGAGUACAAAGAUAUUUAUUUAAUAUUAUCUCGUGCAGAAUGAGAAAAGUCUUGUAAUAUAAUGAUUAUAUAUUCAAUAUUGUAUUACUAUUAUUAUGUUAUGGCCUACUAAAAAUGAAUAUUAACUAUCAGUCGCACGUGUAUAUCGUAUCGAUUAGCGUGUAACAUUUGAUAAUUUGUCAUCAGUGAAUCAAAUUUAAUCAAAUAUUAGGCCAAAGCUUAUAAAAAUAAUGUUAUCAAAA